ACAAUGUGAGGCAGCAAACUCGAGCGAAAGAACAGAACGUCAGGGGGGCAAAAUAAUUGAUCCAUCGCAGUGCGAAUCCGAGAAGUUAAUGUUCUCGCCCUGCACGAUAAAUUUGGAGCAAGAGCGCGAGUGAUGGAUGCUACGAAGAACAUAUGUGUUUGACCAUGUGUAAACCACAUCAUCCAUCACUCGAAGGUUUUGUUCCCGAUGCUGUGAGGUGUGCAAUUUCAUAACAUGGUGAUGAAGACUGAGCAGGCACAGGAUUUACAAAACAGAUGAGUAAAACCCGUGGGGAGAACGUGUCAGAGAGUGCUACGGUGUGAAGAUCUAGGGUUAGCCUGGAACCUAUGACCAAUGUUCGCUUUUCUGGAAAAUUUAGUCGUAUGAUGAUGAGAAAUCAUGAGCUCCGGGGGAAGAGGAAGGAGAAGACGCGAGAAGACAUAUUUCCGCUCUCGAGAAAAGGUCCGUCCUGGUAGAGUAUGAAAACAUAAGUUCUUUGAAAUGAUACGGAAACCAACAACAAGUGCGAGGCCACAGGCGGUUACGAUUUCAUAUGAAGAGAAUUCUGAACCGUGCGUGUGAAUUCGGGAGAACAUCCCUCCUCGGCGUUGGGCUUUGUCGCUGGUCAUUUCCGCAGUGGGUGCGAUACACAAUUUUGGGAACCUAAACCGUGAUUCAUUCCUUGAACUCAACACUUGGACGUAAAUUGUGAGCUUGCCUUACUGCGAGACCUUGGGUGACUCGAGAAUUGGCGGGAAUUAUCAAAUCUCGUCGGCAAGAUGAUGAAUGGACAGCUCCCCCGAUUGAGCUACUCCCAACUGUUUUCUUUCCAGGUUGCUCACAAUCUUGUGGCUGCCCAGCAAGCGGGUGAAAGAUACCAUGUAAACAUAAGCGCUUUCAAAGACCUUCUCAAGAAAGGCGAGUGGAAUAGGUCCAUUUUGGAAGUUGACUUCACCAAUGGCAUGAUUUUCUUGCAAGAUAAAGAUAAAAUUAUAGCGGCUCAACCUUUCUCUGACUUCAAGAAGUUCGUUGUUUCUGGAGAGGAGUUUGAGGAUAAUCUUGUGUCCAUACGAUUCACUGGACAGCAGUGGCAAAUAAUGACUCAAAAUUCUGCUGAGAAGGCUUGUCUUUUGCACCUUCUCCAGUGCGUCUCAAAGGAUACAUCAGCUGAAGAGGCCCUCACAUCAGCCAAUCCUGGAACAUUGGGUCUGAACAAAAGCGUUCUUAGAGCAGGCAUCUUGAUCCGCAAGGCGAGAACCCAGUUUAAAAAGGAUGAACGCUACUGUGUACUUGUUCCCGGAAAGCUUUUCAUGUUCAAGAAUCCUAACCUUCCCGGUCAGCAUGUACGAUAUGUCACUUCUCUUAUGGGAGCAAGUGUUCGAAUGCUGCGAGGACUUGAGUUUGAGCUCUUGGUCCCUGGAACGAAGACUCUCAGCUUCAUCCCGGAGAAUGUGGAAGAAGCAACGGGAUGGAUGGGAGCUUUGGAAAGGUCAGUGGAGAUAGCACAGCAACUGUUAGCGGGUCAACCUUACGAACAGCCUGAUCAAAAUGCUUCCAACAUGUAUCCGGGCAUGAAUCCAGGCAUGAAUGCAGGCAUGAUGCCAGGAAUGUCAGGCGGCGGUGGAGGCUUUAUACAGAGUUCUAAUCAAAACUUUGGUGCUUACACCAAUCCACAGGAUUCCAGAAACCUGCAACAACGCAUUAUGGGAGGUAUGGGCGGUGGGUUUUAUCAAAGUUCCAGUCAAGGCAAACCCCUUCUUGGUGUUACCACCCACGUGAGCAAUUCGACCCCAUUUGGUGUAACUGCGCCAUAUACAGGAAAUUUUCAGGCUGCUAUGGGUCAGGGGGGUGGAAACUUUCAAAACUCCAAUAACCAGCCUCAAGGUAAUGUGGGUUUUCAGAGGUCUCCAGGGAUGCUUCAGCAACUCGGACCAUCCACGAGUAUGCAAGGGCAAGGUGGGGUCAUGGGCCAGAACAUUGCAGGACCAAGUACUUCGUACAACCAGCCUCAGGGAAAUUUUAAUGUUCAAACUGCUUACAAUACUGGAAUGACACAAGGAGCCGGUCAGGGACUCCAGCAAGGUUGGAGUCAAGGUCAGCAGAAUCAAAAUGUUCCACCUGGUGAAACUGGGGUGAGAAUGAUUCGAAGAGCUACCCAGACAUUGAGAGAAUUCAACAACAACAUGGAUCAGUUUCUGGCAACACCCUCAAGUCCUGGUUACAGCGGUGCAGCGCCACAAUCACAGAACUCUGGAUAUGGUGGGGCUUCUCCCCAAGCACAAGGUCCUGGGUAUGGUAGGGGAGCUCCUCAAACACAGUUUCAAGGGUAUGGCGGUCCUCAACAAGCACAAGGUCCAGGGUAUGGUAGGGGUGCUCCUCAAGCGCAGGUUCAAGGUUAUGGUAGAGGAGGCCCUCAAGCCCAAAAUCAAGGUUUUGUUGGUGCUCAACAGGGACAAGUUCAGGGGUAUGGUGGCGGAGCUCCCCAAGCACAGAAUCAAGGUUUUGGUGGUGCUCAACAAGCUCCAGCGUUUGGGGGUGGAGCUCCUCAGAUGCAGGCUCCAGGAUACGGACGCGGAGUCCCCCAGAUGCAGAGUCCAGGAUAUGGACGUGGAGCUCCACAGAUGCAGAAUCCAGGAUAUGGACGAUCAAACCCCAUGGUUCCUAAUCAAGGACCACGCCUUCAACAGCAGUUUCAAGGACCGCAGCCAGGAAUUUCACCAGCUUCGACUUCUGCUGAGUGGAGAGAAUUUACCUCUCCAGAUGGCAGGACGUACUAUUAUAAUGAAAGCACGAAACAAACAACCUGGACGAGACCCUAUUGAUCUCAUGGAGACAGAGAAGAACAUAUCUUCAACACGAAGACCCUAUUGAUAUCAUGGAGAGAAAGAACAGAUCAAAGAGUUGGUGAUCAUAUCCACACCCUGUUGAUCUCAUGAUCACCAACUCUUUGAUCAGUUCUUCGUGUUGAAUUCCAUGUAUGUAUACAGGACUGACUAACACCAAUGCAAGUUAGAUAAGUCGAACAUGGCCACAGUUUCUCGUUAGUCUGUAAAUCAGCAUCAGGAUCUGUUAUUGCCUCAUCUUCACUUCGACAUAUUCCUCGUCUUUACUCGUGAAGACAAGAUAGAAAGACUUUUCAGCUGCAGAAGUUGCGUAGUCUUCAGUCGAGGCUUUUAGCAUCGGGUAACAAGCUUCCACGUUUCUAGAGUUUCCAUCUUCUGUUUUAGUACAUGCCCGUCUUUCAUCCCUUCAAUUCUUCCUUCAUCUGUCUUCUGUACAAUUUGUGACAUGCAAUUGGUACUAAAAGUUGAUAUAAAUGGUAAAGAUUUACAUUCUGAAAUACUAGGACAAGAAGUGCGUUUGUAAUCGAGUGUCAUUCAUUGUCAUAUCAGAACAUCAUCUGCAUUCUAUAGCCCAUAUUCCGUCAUGACGUUGAAACCUUCUGUAUACAAGCAGUUUAAAG